GAUGGUGGGAUGCGGACUCCUCCAAGAAAAACUCCCACGCCUCAGACUUUCUUCACACACAUACACACACAAACUACCGGAGAGAAAAACACACACAGAGGCAUCAACACUGUGAACAGGUUGUCAGAGCUCCGACAUGCCGCUCCUCAUCCACAUUUGGACGACUUUUGCGGUGCUCUGGCAUGCCGGCUGGACGCAUGCGCCCGAGCUGGCGGACGUUUGCACGGAGGGCAGCUGCUACCCGGCCACGGGCGACCUGCUGAUCGGACGCGCCCACAAGCUGAACGCCUCGUCCACCUGCGGCCUGCGCGGAAGCGACACCUUCUGCAUCGUGGGACACCUGGAGGAAGAGAGCAACUGCUUCCUGUGCGACUCCAGGGACCCGUACGACGAGGACGUCAACCCGCUUAGCCACACCAUCGAAAACGUGGUGACCACCUUCGCCCCCAACCGCCUCAAGACGUGGUGGCAGUCAGAAAACGGUGUGGAGAAUGUGACCAUCGAGCUGGACCUGGAGGCCGAGUUCCACUUCACACACCUCAUCAUGACCUUCAAGACGUUCCGUCCGGCCGCCAUGGUGAUCGAGCGUUCGAUGGACUUCGGCAAGACUUGGGAGGUGUACCGCUACUUUGCCUACGAUUGCCGGGCGGCAUUUCCCAGCGUGUCCCCGGGGCCCAUGGUCAAGGUGGACGACAUCAUCUGCGACUCGCACUACUCUGACAUCGAACCCUCCACCGAGGGAGAGGUGAUAUUCCGGGUGCUGGACCCUGCCUUUGAGAUCAAGGACCCGUACAGCUUGAGGAUCCAGAACAUGCUGAAGAUCACCAACCUGCGCGUCAACUUCCUGAAGCUGCACACGCUGGGCGACAACUUGCUGGACUUGCGCAAGGAGGUGACAGAGAAGUACUACUACGCCCUCUACGACAUGGUUGUUCGUGGCAACUGCUUCUGCUAUGGCCACGCCUCCGAAUGCGCCCCCAUCGAUGGAGCGCCGACAGGGGCUGAGGGAAUGGUCCACGGGCGCUGUGUGUGCAACCACAAUACUGAGGGCCUGAACUGCGAGCGAUGCAAGGACUUCCAUCAUGACCACCCCUGGAGGCCAGCCGAGGGCCGCAACACUAAUGCUUGCAAGAGGUGCGAGUGUAACCAGCACUCGGGUUCAUGCCACUUCGACAUGGCCGUCUACAUGACCACAGGUAACCUCAGCGGCGGCGUGUGCGACGACUGUCGUCACAACACGGUGGGCCGCCAGUGCGAGCAGUGCGCACCCUUCUUCUAUCAGAAUCCCAACCGAGAUCUGCGGGACCCCAAUGUCUGCGAGCCUUGUAACUGUGACCCGGUCGGCUCCCUGCAGGGGGGGCUGUGUGAUGCCAGGACCGACGUGGGCGCCGGACUCAUCUCGGGCCAGUGUCGCUGCAAAGCCCACGUGGAGGGGGUCCGCUGCGAUCACUGCAGACGCGGACACUAUGGAUUGGGUCAGGGUCCGCACGGAUGCCUGGCUUGUGCCUGCAGCCCACUGGGAACACUGCCAGGAGGCAAUUCGUGCGACUCCGAGUCAGGAAGGUGCUUCUGCAAGCGGUUGGUCAGCGGACAUGACUGCGACCAGUGUCUGCCGCAACACUGGGGUCUCUCCAAUGACAUGGACGGAUGUAGACCUUGUGACUGUGACCAAGGAGGGGCCAUCAACAAUAACUGCGAUCCCGUGUCUGGGCAGUGCGAGUGCAGGGAGCAUAUGUUUGGCCGGCGCUGUGACCAACUCGAGUCCGGCUUCUACUUCAUCGCUCUUGACCACUACACCUAUGAGGCUGAGGAUGCUGACCACGGACCUGGCGUGUCGGUGGUCCACAGACCCUACCCUCUGGAUCGCAGCCCCACGUGGACUGGGAUGGGUUUUGUUAAUGUACCAGAGGGAGCCUAUUUAGAGUUCAACAUAGACAACAUCCCAGAUUCGAUGGACUAUGAUGUUCUCAUCCGCUAUGAGCCGCAGCUUCCGGAGCAGUGGGAGCAGGUCAACGUCAAAGUCCAGCGUCCCGUCUUCAACCCUCCCAACUACUCCGCCCACUGCGGAGGUUCCUUUGGUGAUGGAGACGAGCAGAAUGUCUCUCUGCCACCCGGAUCAAGACACAUGUUGCUGCCCAGACCCGUAUGUUUUGAGAAGGGACAGAACUACACAGUCCGCCUCGGGCUGCCGCUCUACUCGUCCUACAGUGACAUACAGAGCCCGUACACGCUCAUUGACUCUCUGGUGUUGAUUCCCCGGAUCCGGGAGCUGGAAAUGUUCCACGGCACAGAGGGCGAAGCAGCCUGGGAUACGUUCCAGCGCUACCGCUGCCUGGAGAGCAGCCAGAGCGUGGUCAAGAGUCCGAUGACAGACAUCUGCAAUGACUACAUCUUCAGCGUCUCUGCACUGCUGCACCAAGGAGCCAUGCCAUGCCAGUGUGACCCACAGGGUUCAGUCAGUGCCGUGUGCGAGCCCAACGGAGGCCAGUGUCACUGUCGACCCAAAGUGGUGGGCAGGAACUGUGACCACUGCGCCCCCGCCACGUUUCUCUUCAGCCCCGCGGGAUGCAUACUCUGCGACUGCGACCCUCGAGGAUCAAUUGGCGCACUUUGUCAUGAAUCGACGGGACAGUGUGCAUGUGUCCCCGGGGCCACGGGGCGCCAGUGUGCCCACUGUCUGCCAGGAUUUUGGGGGUUCCCUCACUGCCAACCAUGCCAAUGUAACGGCCACAGUGAAGUCUGCCACCCCGAGACGGGAGAGUGUCAACGUUGCCGAGACCUAACCACCGGACACUACUGUGAGAGAUGUCUGAAUGGUUACCAUGGUGACCCAGAGUUAGGGUCCGGCAGCCACUGUCGACCCUGUUUGUGCCCUGACGGCCCGCGCAGUGCACGUCAGUUUGCUGACAGCUGCUACAUGGAGGACAAGACAAACCAGCUGGUGUGUGUGUGCAGUCCUGGCUACAAAGGUGCCAGGUGUGACGAGUGCGGCCCAGGUCACUUCGGCAACCCGCUGGUGCCUGGUGGGCGCUGCUUGGUGUGCCAGUGCAACGGGAACAUUGACAUGCAAGACCCCGGGUCCUGUGAUGCUCGUACAGGCUCGUGUCUCAGGUGCCUGUACCACACGGACGGCUAUGCCUGCCAGCAGUGCAAAACUGGUUACUAUGGCAACGCUGCCACUCAAAGCUGCAGAAAGUGCAUGUGCCAGCCUGCGGGCACGGCACCACAUGCGUGUUCAUCACCAGAUGAGUGCCAGUGCGACCAGCACAGUGGCCAAUGCCCCUGCCUGCCCAACGUGGUAGGCCAGAACUGCGAGCGCUGCGCAGAGGACACAUGGAACAUGGCGAGCGGGACAGGCUGCCAACACUGCGACUGCGACCCGGUCCACUCCUUUGGCUCCUCCUGUGAUGAGGUGACGGGAUGGUGCUCGUGUAAACCAGGAUUUGGUGGCAGGACAUGUCGGGAAUGCAGGGAGCUCUUCUGGGGGGAUCCAGAAGUCAAGUGUUAUGCCUGUGACUGCGACCCUCGCGGGAUUUCCAGCGAGCAGUGUGAUCGGGCGACCGGACACUGCACCUGCGUGGAGAGCGUUUCCGGCCCCCGUUGUGACAAAUGCGCCAGGGGCUACCAGGGGGAGUUUCCAGACUGCCAGCCUUGCCACCAGUGCUUCACUACGUGGGAUGGGGUGGUUGAGGAACUAACCAAUCAAACGCGUCGGCUGGAGGCGAAGGUGACAGAGCUGCAGACCAGCGGUGUGACAGCACCGUACAAAGACUUAGUGACUAGCCUGGAGAUCAACGUGAAGGCGGUCAAGGAGAUCGUGGAGAAGAACCCUGCAGCGGUCAAGCUGGAGGAGAUCCAGGACCUGAUGCACCAAAUCACUGGCGUCAUGUCCUACCUGGACGGGAAGGUUAACACAACAGGGGAGACCUUGAACGUACUCCAGAGUGACGUCAACGCUACCGACGCGAACUUAGACGAGCUGACGGACCAGGCAAACCAGUGGGAGCGCCGUGUUCAGGAGCUCAGGCAGGAGGUGUAUGACACCAAGAAUGCCAACUUCCAGGGUGCCACGGACACCAUCAUAGAAGCAAACGAAGAGUCGAUGAUUGCAGAAAUCCGAGUCCAUGCCUCCAGCAGUGAUCCUGGGAACACCGUGGAGCAGUCAGCGGCGCUUCGCAAGGUAACCAAGGAGAAGCUGAGUGUCAGCCAGAAGGAGUUUGAUCGCAGGCACCAGCGGAACACACAGAAGAUGGACAAGCUCAAGAAUGAACUGGAAAAACUGGAUCUGUCCCCUCUCAGUGAGAAGAUGUGUGGCGGUGCGGCUGAAGCUGACGAGUGCCUCGGCUCUCCUUGCGGCGGGUUGGGCUGUGUGGACGAGGACGGCGCCCCCCGGUGUGGCGGCGAAGGAUGCAAAGGCCUCGUUGUUACCUCCCAAACUUCUCUUAAGUCAGCCAAGGAGCUGGACGAGGAAAUCCUGGCAGCCAUACAGGAGGUGGACAAGCUCUCCAGGAUGGUGUGGGAGGCCAGCAAUCGAGCAAGGGAGGCCAAAGUAAACGCUCAGCAGGUGCUGAUCAAAUCCAACCAGAGCAAGGAGCGAGUGGAGCAGAGCAACGACCAACUGCGUAGCCUCAUCAAGGAUAUAAGAGACCUGCUCACAAACGACAAGGCCAACGCCUCCGUCAUCGAGGCGGUGGCCAAUGAGGUCUUAGCCCUGGAGAUGCCCACAUCGACUGAGAAGCUGCAGGAGCUGACCCGGGAAAUCAAGGAGAAGGUCAGCGCUCUGACCAACGUGGAGAGCAUCCUCAGCCAGAGCGCCGAUGAAAUGAAAGCUGCGGAGGAGCUGUUGAGGCAGGCCGAGGCCGCCAAUAAAGAGGCGUCAGACAUGAUGGAGAGGUCACAUUUGGUGAAGACGGCUCUGGACGAGACUGAGCGUGCUCAGAGCCUCGCCAUUGACGCCAUCCGACUCUCCCAGAACAACACAAAGGGAACUCUGGACCUGCUUCGUUCUGUGGACUCGGAGACAGCGGCAUCGGAGCAGCGUCUUGGCAACACCACGGGCCGGUUGCUGCUGCUGGAGCGCGAGGUGGGCCUAAUACGGCAGAACGAGCUGGUGAUCAACAGCCUGGCGGAGACGGCCGACGGGAUCAGCGAACGGGCAAAGAAGGAUGCCAACGAGGCUCAGCAGGAGUUUGACACGGAGGUGAAGGACAAACUGGAAGAGGUGGAGGACCUAGUAGAAGACAAGGGGGAGUCGGUGCUGCAGGCGAGGAGACGAGCCGACGAGCUGCAGCAGGAGGCCAAGGAGCUGCUGGCUCAGAGUAGCGUCAAGCUACAGAGACUAAAAGAGCUGGAGAGCUCCUACGAGGACAACCAGAGAACGCUUGAGGCUAAAGCUGCAGAGCUGGCUGAGCUGGAGGAGGCCGCCCGCCUCAUCCUGGACGACAUCAGCCACAAGGUGAUGCUGUACAGCACCUGCCUGUGAGCGGAGGGUGAGGGGGGGCUCCUUUGAAGGCAGACAUAUGACCUGACCAGUGAGGCAGCUUUAGUCGCCAUUUUGGCACUUCCACAGUGAAUCGUGGAAGUCACGAAGGAAACCACUACAUACCAAACGGACCUCUGUGCCAUAAAACCAAAGUGUCUACACCUGAACACAAAAAGUUAGGGCUUUCGGGUGAAAUUUCAAGUUCAUUGUUAAUUUUGCAGUUCAGUUUCGUUUGAGAACAAAAAUGACUGAAACAGUGAACAGUUGGACACGCAUUUCAAGGUGUAAAGAAGGGGAGGUUUUUGUGUAUUUUAGAUUAUUCCUGAAAUUUCAACCAAAAGCCCGAUAUUCUUAACUUUUUGUGAUUGGUGUAUUCAUACGUUUCAUAUGACUGAAUGGACCAAGAGGUGCAGCAUUAACAAGAAUAUUACUGACAAAAUAUGAAUAAAGUACCUUGUCUUUAAGAAUGAGUUUGUGGAAAAACAACCAAAAACUAAUUUUCUAUGCAACUAAAAUAAAAUAUAUUUUCUAUUCCCAAAUAAAUCUAGCGAAGCAUUUGUUGUCCCAGUUUUCCAAUCAAUGAUUAGGAUGUUUUUGUCCAUUAAAAAAAAAGAAGAAAAAAAAAAGAAUAAAGUUUG